ACCGGCAUGACAACAACUGGUGCACCUACAACAACUGGUGUGACAACAACUGGUGCACCUACAACAACUGGUGUGACAACAACAGGAGCACCUACAACAACCGGCAUGACAACAACUGGUGCACCUACAACAACUGGUGUGACAACAACGGGUGCACCUACAACAACCGGUGUGACAACAACGGGAGCACCUACAACAACCGGCAUGACAACAACUGGUACACCUACAACAACUGGUGUGACAACAACGGGUGCACCUACAACAACCGGUGUGACAACAACGGGAGCACCUACAACAACCGGCAUGACAACAACUGGUGCACCUACAACAACUGGUGUGACAACAACGGGUGCACCUACAACAACUGGUGUGACAACAACGGGAGCACCUACAACAACCGGCGUGACAACAACUGGUGCACCUACAACAACUGGUGUGACAACAACUGGUGCACCUACAACAACUGGUGUGACAACAACAGGAACACCUACAACAACUGGUGUGACAACAACUGGUCCACCUACAACAACCGGCGUGACAACAACUGGUGCACCUACAACAACCGGUGUGACAACAACUGGUGCACCUACAACAACUGGUGUGACAACAACUGGUGCACCUACAACAACUGGUGCACCCAGUACUACUACUACUCCAGCUCCCCCGCCAGUUGUGGUUAUUGCAGCAACCUUGCAAGUAACAUUCAGACCAGAACUUGCUGAUAAAACCACCCCAGAAUUUAAGCAGCUUGAGGCUGAAGUUGUAGCAGUGUACGAUGUCAUCUACAGGACCCAAUAUGGCAUCCUUUUCAUCCGCAGUUUUGUCAUAGAAUUUAGAUCGGCUGCGGGCCGAGCACGAGUGGAUAAUACUGAAGCAGAGAUGGGGAUUGAGUUCAAUGAAACUGCUUCAGUCGAAGAAAUCCCAACGGCUGAUAAUGUUAAAGAAACCUUAGUAGAGGCUGUCUCUAACCCCAAUUCUACCUUCAACCUCACUAUUGAUGCCGACUCAGUCCAAGUCAUUGUAAGAACAACUGCAGCCCCCACGACGGCAGCCCCCACGACGGCAGCCCCCACGACGGCAGCCCCCACGACUGCAGCCCCCACUACGGCAGCCCCCACGACGGCAGUCGCCACGACUGCAGCCCUCAUGACAACUGCUGCUAAUAUAGAGGCAGUUACAACAACGCGGUUGACUUUCAGAUCUGUUGGAGAGACAUUUACAAGUGACCUAGGGAAUUCAUCAUCUGCAGCAUUUACAAGUCGAGCCACACUAAUAACGUCGACACUUGUACCUUUCUACCAAACAGAAUUUUCUUCAUUCCGUUCUUUGACGGUGAUUUCAUUCAGGAAUGGAUCAAUCAUCAAUGACCUGGACCUUGGAUUUGCAUCCUCAAAUGUUCCUAAUAGCACUCAGAUUGGAAAUGUUUUGGUUGGUGCAGCUUCAAACAUCACAGCCUUCAACAUUGACACCACCUCCAUUUCUGUGGAUGGCACACAGGUUUCAAGUGGAGUAAGCCACAAAAUCAGUCUCAUCACUGCAUCCAUCCUUGUGCUGCUGUCAUGGCUACUGACAGGCCAGUAAUGGUGCAGGAGUCAUGUCCAUGUGGAAUACCAUUAGAUAAAGAUUUCUAUUACUAUGAUAUGAAAAUGGACUUUGUUCACCUUAAAAACUCAAGAGGACUCUUAUAUGGCAUGAAAAAACUCCAGAUAUUGAAUUCAAUGUUGGGAUGACCACACACAUUGAUAGUAAAGGUCAACUGCAACAGCAUAUUUAUUCAACCAUGAUAGCAUAGACCAUUACUUGAAGUUUUCCUAUUUCUCUUUUUGACCACCCAGAAAGCCUAUCCAUGAGGGAGACAACUUUAAGCAUCUGGCUCACUGAAACAAAAGUAAUUAAUGGCUUUAAAAUGAGAGUAAUAACAACUGGAACCUUAUUCAACCAUAAUUUUAACUUAGUGUGCAAUAAUAAUAUGAUUUAGAACCAGUAUCAUUUAAACUGAUCACGAUGUCAUGUAAUCCAGUCACUGUAUGUAUUUAUAUUAUCUAACUAAUGUGUAUUUUGUGAGUUUAUCUGUAUUUUUUAUACAACUUGAGUAAAAAGUACAAUCUUCUUGAUGAUCAGAAUACAAAUAGUAUAUUGCUAAGUUUUUACCAUCUAAAGCAGAUUAAAAAAUGUAUCACA